AUGUUUCAUCAUCAUCAUAAUAAUAAUAAUAAUAAUAAUAAUAAUAAUAAUAAUAAUAAUAAUAAUAAUAAUAAUAAUAAUAAUAAUAAUAAUAAUAAUAAUAAUAAUAAUAAUAAUAAUAAUAAUAGUAACCAACCAAACAAACGAAUAAAGAUAAAAAGGGAUUUCAUACAAAAAGGUUUAAAUAAUUACUUUGUUGUAUCUUAG